AGAAACAUUAGAAUUGAAAAUGAAGAAUAGUAAUCCUGAAAAUUUUGUCACGGACAUUAACAAAAAAACGCCAUUGGUCCUGCUACCUCGCUCUACCACAGAGAUAUCUGUUUACUUUCAUCCAUCUGGACUGGGGCGAGAUGGUCAUGAAACUUGUAUUAACUUCUAUUGCACUCAGUUUAAAGAAUGGAAAUUCCACCUCUUUGGAGUAGGGCUAUUCCCCAAGCCUAUAGAUGCACAAAGAAUAACCACAAUCCUUGGUCUUCAGGCAUCUGCCAUGAUACAUUUCAAAAAUCCUACCCGUGAAGCUGUUUCCAUUGAUCUCAUAUUAACAAAUAAAGAAGAACCCAAGAAUCUUGUAAUUGACAAUUGUUGGAAUAGCUUCCUACAUGAGAAUUCUGCCUUCCGAUUUAGCUCCAUGAGGCGUACACAUGGAAUUGUUGUGCCUCCUAAAGGAAGUUUAGAUAUCCCACUGUUAUUUAUACCUACCACUAUGACGUUAUACAAAACAAUGGUGAUUGUUAAGGUGAAGAGAGCAAACAAAAAAAAUUGGCUUAUUGACAAUUUUGAUGAACUCAGUUUAGAAGCUAAGAGUUGUAUUGGAGUAGAUUGUGGGGAAAUUCAAGCAAUACACUGGAUGUACCCUAUCAUUGGACUUCCACAGGCACCACCCCCUAAAAGUUCUGCAGUUAUAAAAUGUCAGGCCAACAAGCGGGUAGAAGAGAAAGUGGAAGUGACAAUGAUUGGUAACUUUUAUGGACACCAUCCAUCACAUGACAAGAUAGACUUCGUAGUUUUUCCAAAAAGAAAUUCGAUUAACAGUAUUUAUGAAGAAGUUGAAGUGACUCCUAAAAAGCGUGAAUUUGAAUAUGAGAUAGAAUUUGAGACUGAAGAAUUGAAGAGUAGCCUGGAAUCCUCUGUAACUUUAUAUUUGUAUAGCAAACAUUUUAAUGCAAAACAGCAAAUAAUUUCAUUGAUUUUCAAUGUGAUAUUUACACCAAAAAAACCAUGCCGGACUCAUAUCAUAUUGAAAGUUGAGUGCAUAACAGAUGGAAUCUGGAAAUUUCCUAUAACGUUGAUUGCUACUGAACCUGAAGUGGAGGAUGUAAUUGACAUCCAAGGAAUCGGUUUAUUCAAGACAGCUGUCACAGAAUUUAGACUAACAAGUCAGACAAGGUAUUAUGAGUCAUUUACGGCCUAUUUUCUACCAGGUGGUGAUCGAGAUUUUUUUGUAAAUCCUCAGUCUGGAGAACUCCCUCCAUUUUACACAAAAGGAAUUCUCAUCGUUGUAGGAUUUAAACCGAAAAUGUACAGUAAGAAAUAUCAAGCAACACUUGUAAUACAGACAGAUGAAAUGUACUGGCUGUAUGAAAUAAAUGGGUUACCUCCAUUACCAAAAUCAAUGGCACAUGUAAAAGCCAAAAUUGAUGCUAAUAACAAGACAUAUGACAGCAUGCCACCAAUUCGACACAAUUUUAUUCGUGAAAAUGCUAAACUUCGAAGCACAGCAGUAUCUUCUACUAUUAAAGGUGCUCCUUUAGUUAAAAAGCAAAAAUAA